AAAUAAUCUGGUUUGUAAUCCCAUCUAGAUUAAUUUAAGGCAAUAGUUUGGUGCUGUGUGUCCAUACACACGUUUUCUUAAAUGUCACAGUGUAUUAAUGUGCAUGUGUUAGUUAGCCACAGUAGUCUGUAGCUGGGAGGGUUGAUAUAAUAAAAAGCAGGCCUUGUAUUCUCUUUUCUUGUCUCUCUUUUUCUGUCAUAUGGAUGUUUUUCCCUCCUUUCUGUGUCCCAUUCUGUUUCUUUCUCCCACCCUUUGUCUUUUUUGUCUUUCUCUUUGACUCACUGUCUCUCACCCCUCAUCUCUCCGUUUGGACCAGCAGCAGUGGCGGCGGGGGAAGCAGUAAGGGAAAAGACAUCAGCACCAUCAAGUCUCUGAGGGUGCUGAGAGUGUUACGACCUCUGAAGACCAUCAAACGUCUUCCCAAACUCAAGGCUGUCUUUGACUGUGUGGUGAACUCUCUGAAGAAUGUGCUCAACAUCCUGAUUGUCUACUUACUCUUCAUGUUCAUCUUUGCUGUGGUGGCCGUGCAGCUGUUCAAGGGACGCUUCUUUUACUGCACUGACGAAUCCAAAGAGUUUGAGCGCGAUUGCAGGGGCGAAUAUCUGGUGUAUGAAGGCGUUAACGAAGUGAAGGCGCAGAAGCGGGAGUGGAAGAAGUACGAUUUCCACUACGACAACGUGGCUUGGGCCCUACUCACCCUCUUCACCGUGUCUACCGGAGAGGGGUGGCCGCAGGUGCUGAAACAUUCAGUGGAUGCGACUUAUGAGAACCGGGGCCCGAGCCCGGGGUACCGGAUGGAAAUGUCUAUCUUUUACGUGGUGUACUUCGUGGUCUUCCCCUUCUUCUUCGUCAACAUAUUCGUGGCUCUAAUCAUCAUCACUUUCCAAGAGCAAGGAGAUAAGAUGAUGGAGGACUAUAGUUUAGAAAAAAAUGAGAGAGCCUGUAUAGAUUUUGCCAUCAACGCCAGACCUCUGACACGCCACAUGCCUAAGAACAAGCUGAGCUUCCAAUACAGAAUGUGGGAGUUUGUGGUGUCGCCGCCAUUUGAAUACACUAUAAUGGCAAUGAUCGCGCUCAACACCGUCGUGCUAAUGAUGAAGGUGUAA